UCUCGCUCCCUACACUCUCGCUUCGUUGUUCCCUCCACCUCCUUUCUCUAUCUCUCUCGUCCCUCAGGAGCGAGCUAGGGUUUGAUAGAGAUCGGAGGAGGAGGAGGAGGAGGAGGAAGACGACGAAGCUGCAUACGAUGAUCACGAGCGGCGGCGGCGGAGGUGGGGACGAGAGCGGCGGGGAGGAGGCGGAGAGGUCGUCGUCGGACCUCCGGCGACCGUUCCUUCACACGGGGAGCUGGUACAAGAUGAGCGGCGCGGCGGUGGCGGCGGCGGGGUCGGGGAUGGGGUCGGCGCAGUCGAGCCUCAUGGGGUCCUCCGCCAUGGUGCUCCGCGACUCAUCCGUCUCCGUCGUGCUCUGCACCCUCAUCGUCGCCCUCGGCCCCAUCCAGUUCGGCUUCACCGGGGGCUACUCCUCCCCCACCCAGGACGGCAUCAUCGCCGAUCUCCACCUCUCCCUCUCCGAGUUUUCGAUCUUUGGUUCUCUCUCCAAUGUGGGUGCGAUGGUUGGGGCCAUUGCAAGUGGGCAGAUGGCAGAGUAUAUCGGACGUAAAGGGUCAUUGAUGAUUGCCUCCAUUCCGAAUAUUAUAGGUUGGCUUGCAAUAUCAUUUGCACAAGAUUCAUCAUUCUUGUAUAUGGGGAGGUUGCUGGAAGGAUUUGGAGUUGGUAUUAUCUCCUACACGGUACCUGUAUACAUAGCAGAGAUAGCUCCCCAGAACAUGAGAGGAGCCCUCGGCGCUGUAAAUCAGCUGUCUAUUACAAUUGGCGUUUUACUGGCUUACCUACUCGGUAUGUUUGUCCCAUGGAGACUGCUUGCUGUGAUAGGCACUUUACCCUGCAUAAUCCUUGUACCUGGUUUAUUCUUUAUUCCUGAGUCUCCAAGGUGGCUGGCAAAGAUGGGGUUGAUGGAAGAUUUUGAGACUUCGUUACAAGUUUUGAGGGGAUUUGACACUGACAUUUCUCUGGAAAUUAAUGAUAUCAAGAGAGCAGUAGCAUCAGCAAAUAAAAGGACAACACUCCAUUUGUCGCAUCUAAACCAGAAAAGAUACCGCACUCCACUUUUGCUCGGGAUCGGCCUGCUUGUGCUGCAGCAGCUAAGUGGAAUCAAUGGUAUCGUAUUUUAUGCUGGCAACAUUUUUAAAUCUGCCGGACUAACAGAUAGUAACUUAGCCACAUGUGGUCUUGGGGCUAUUCAGGUUCUCGCCACUGCAGUCACAACCUGGUUUCUUGACAAAGCUGGUCGACGAAUUCUCCUUAUUAUUUCUACUGCGGGAAUGACCAUCAGUCUGUUUUUUGUUUCUGCUGCAUUUUUCCUGGAGGAUAUUUUUUCUGAAGAUUCUCACAUUCAUCAUGUACUGAGUAUCCUCUCAUUGGUUGGACUUGUGGCUAAUAUAGUUGCAUUUUCAUUUGGGUUGGGAGCCAUUCCAUGGAUCAUAAUGUCUGAGAUACUUCCUGUUAAUAUCAAGAGCCUUGCUGGUAGCGUCGCAACCCUUGCCAACUGGCUCACAUCAUUUAUAGUUACAAUGACCGCAAACUUGUUGCUAAACUGGAGCAAUGGAGGAACCUUCACCAUCUACGCGAUCGUUAGCGCCUUCACUCUAGUGUUUGUUAUACUUUGGGUGCCCGAAACCAAGGGAAAAACACUUGAGGACAUACAGUGGUCUUUCAGAUGAGCAGUUUAAUUGCCCCAUCGACAAUCCUCUGCCGAAAAUAGCAAAUCAUUUUCAAUUAACUAUUCACACCAAUUUCAUCAAGCAGAAAUGAUGAGUACACAAAGCAUCAGAUUUUCGCAUUUAUGGGGUUUGUCGAGUCACUCCGCGGCAUCGAAUCACCCCUGAAUUUGUUACAUUUUUUUUUUUUAUUUUUGGGUAUUUUAGUCAGCCUGAUUUCAUUAGCUGGUCAAAGAACAGAUUUCAUUGUUCUUUUUUCUUCUUUUUUUUUUUUUUUUUGAAAAAGAGAGCUUUUAUACGAUUAGACAAAUAAACAUGUAAACCAGACCCCAAAUUUAGACAUAAAUAACAGAUUUGUGAGUUUUGUA